UCACCUUCCACCCCGGAACCAACCCCGCCAAGCCCUCUCUCGCUGGCCCCUAACCACCAAAUCCCCAAAACUGUUGUUACCUGUGGCUCGGUCAUGUCAUCGUCCACACCCAACUCCAGCGGUGCCGGCGCUGCCUUGCCCCUCAGGUCGGCUCUCAAGACCGACGACGACUCGGAGCGCUCGACGCCCAUCAGCGCCUCGGGUGCUACCAAAGCUGUGCAAAUUGCCGAGCCUGAGCCCGAGCCUGAGGAGGGUGAGGAGACCCAGCGAAGGAAGAGGUUCUCGGCUGGUCUGGCUCGUCGUCUUGCUGGCCGUCCGCCAGCCCCUGCCGAGACCUCGUCGCGAUCCUCUAUCAGGAGUGCGUCGAGCCUCGAGGCACUCAACAGCCUCGCCAUCGCCGCAGCUGCAUCGCAGCGUCAAGACGGUGCAGACGAUGCCCAGUCUCAGGCAACUCGCCACCGUCACCGCCCAGACCUUGUUACGGAGCGUCUGCUAGCGCAAGUCGCAGAAUGGAUUCACCACGAGCGGACUAAAAAGCAUGGCCACAGGUUCAGGCGUGGACACAGCCACAAGCAGACGGCAGACCCUGCCGGUGAGACAGCGCAGAACGAUGGCGCGUCGGGCUCUAGCACUAGCAGGCAUGAUAGGAGGUACUCGAUCGAUUCACAGUCCAGCGACGUCUCAUUCGACCGGUUGCAGCGAAUUGUGGACGACAGCAUGACUGCCCUCGGGCUUAACGCGAUUCCACACCCUAGUCCUCGACUGGGCCGCCGGUCGCAUGGGCGUAGGCGAUCCUCUGUCCUCCAUCGUGCGGCCUCGUCCGACACGGAUUUUCUGGAUGGCGACGCACUGGUCCCCACAUGUGACGCCGUCCUCGACAACUCAAAAGCAAUGAGCAUGACAGGAGGCUCGGCCGGCAGUAUGCAAGAGGACACUUCCAAGAUGUCUUCUAAAGAGCGCAAGGAACGCGAGGCGUGGCUCACGUUCAAGAACGAAGUUAUCCGGCUUACUCACACCUUGCGCCUGAAGGGUUGGCGGCGAGUUCCUCUCGAUGGCGGUGACCUCAUCUCCAUUUGUCGACUUAGUGGCGCCUUGACAAAUGCCGUGUAUGUCGUCACUCCACCCGAGCCGGAGCAGCUUAUUCAGUCAGACACUGCCAAGAAACGGCCCGCGAAGCUACUUCUCCGAGUCUAUGGUCCACAAGCAGACUCCAUCAUCGACAGAGAGCACGAACUGAACGUUUUGAAGCGCUUGGCGCGCAAGAAGAUUGGUGCUCGUCUUCUCGGCACGUUCACAAACGGACGUUUCGAGGAGUUUCUGAACGCCCUCGCACUGACCUCUGAAGCACUCAGAGAACCCGACACCUCUAAGCAGAUUGCCAAACGUAUGCGAGAGCUCCACGAUGGUAUCGAGCUUCUGCGCGAGGAACGUGAAGGAGGGCCCGCAGUACUGAAUAAUUUUGACUGUUGGUUGCCGAAAGUCCAGAAAGCAGCGCUCUACCUUGACAGCUUGAUUGCUGCCGGCAAGUAUGCACCUUUGCGUGGCUGCGAAGAGGACUGGAAAGUUCGUGGCUUUGUCUGUGGUGUAGAGUGGCCCAAGUUUCUGGCAGCUGUUGAGAGAUACCGCCGCCAUUUGAGCCAGCUCUAUGGCCAGCCGGAAAUCAUUCUCGAUCAACUGGUCUUUGCGCACAGUGAUACACAAUACGGCAACAUUCUUCGCGUCCAGCCGGAUGACGAUCAGUCACCUCUUCUACAGGAAAACUACAAGCAUAAACAGCUCGUUGUUAUCGACUUUGAGUAUUCCGCGGCCAAUACGCGCGGUCUCGAGUUUGCUAACCACUUCACUGAGUGGUGCUACAACUAUCACGACGAGCGAAAGCCGUAUAGCUGCAAUGUGCACAACUAUCCCAAGCCCGACGAGCAGCGACGCUUUCUUAAGGCCUACGUCAAUCAUCGACCAGAGUAUCCACACCCUGGAGCUUCGACACCAAACUUGACACCGUUGGCCACACCUACUAUUGGCCCGGCGGGAACUCCCAGCCUCUCUGCAGCCACCGGAUCCUCUAGCUCCAUCGUUGAGUUCAUGUUGGAUGCUCGUGUUCCUGCGGGCGGAUGGAAAGAAGAGGAGAAGCGUCGUGAUGAUGAUGCGGAGCGACAAAUCGAGGCUUUGCUGGAAGAAAUCAAACUAUGGCGUGUCGCAAAUAGCGCCAUGUGGAUCGCCUGGGGAAUCAUGCAGUCCAACAUCGCUGGGUUCGACAUGGACAAGGGGGAGCCGCUGAGUGCGCAGGAGUGCCAGGUCCAGAAGGAAGAAGAGGAGGCAGCCGCUCGAGAGAAGGACGCCACAGCCAGAGCUGAGGCAAGUGACAAGGGUGUACCCGAGGACGAAGAAGUUGAAGCCGAGGAGGAAUUCGACUACCUUGCAUACACCCACGAGAGAGCUCUCUUCUUCUGGGGAGACUGCGUCGAGAUGGGCCUUGUAAAAGAGGAGGAGCUUCCUGCUUCUCUGGUCGCAAGGCUCAAAAGAAUCAAGUAUUGAUCGGAGAGGGCCAGCGUCUAGCUUCUAAGUGGUAGACCCUAACAAGAAUAACAAAACAAUAAAAAGUUAACCCCAAUUCCAUGGCCAGUC